GUCAGAUCGAUCUACCUUGAACAUUUUUCAUCAGUUAAAGGGGGUACUUUACUUUUUGUAUAGGAUAUGAGUUAAAAAACAAUCCGAUUACAUAUUCAAAACUUGCGGUGUAGUGUUAUUCAAGCCGUUGUCAGGGGGUAAAGUACAGCGCAUUACUCACCCCUCACAAAGCGGAUGCUCUGGAGGGGCUGUCAGUUAACCUUCCGGGUUGAUGUUAAACGUGAGGUGCGAGGUGGGAACGCUUAAGAUGAACUCGACAUGUAUCUUUGGAGCAGUGAUGUGUAUCGAGUAUGCAAUUCGACAGAUAUAUUCCAUAGGUGUCAACGCCCUGAAAAUACUGCAUCCGAUCCGGAAGAUCAUGGGCUGUACGAGAGUCCUUGUUUUCCUGGCUAGUCUUUCUCUCGCAGAUGGGACGUGUCACUGUGACACUCAAAGAGCCUGCGACGUAUUCCCCUCAACUCCCUGCAGCCAGGUCGGCGCUCGAGACAUGUGUCAGGCGGGGUGGUUUGGUCAGUACUGUCAGAAACGAAACAUUGCUCUAAGAAGCCCGACCAAUCAGAGCAGCACAUACGUAGGAGGCAGUACCUAUUUUACCUCCGAUCUUGGCGUGGAUGGCAAUGCUAACACAAACUUCAAUAGUCUGCCGUAUACCUGUACACACACACGCUAUGAUCAACCCGCAAUAUGGAGGGUUUACCUGAAUACCUCCGACACAGACAAGGUGCAGCAUAUCAGACUGUAUUUAAGGCCAGACCAACUGGCACGAAACGGAGGCAUGGAGAUAUUUGUGGACAAUCGGCUGUGCUUCAGUUGGGAUGCAUCCUCUCGCCCUCUAGAGAGACAAGACGUCAUCUGCUCCCAGCCUCUGACAGGACACACAGUGUCCAUACAGAUACCCAUAGGUUAUCUAACGCUAUGCGAAGUACAGAUAUUUGUUUGCAGUGACGGAUGGUUUGCUGGCGACUGUGACUUCCAAUGCAACUGUCUGGACACCACAGAGGUCUGUGACAAGAUUACAGGGGACUGUCCCAGCGGAUGUGCCUUAGGAUUUAACGGCACAGACUGCUUGUCCCCCUGCCAAAGUGAUACCUAUGGGUUCAAUUGUACCUCCGUGUGUGGAAACUGCCUGGAUGAUGAUAUCUGUGACAGGACAACCGGAGCAUGUCCAGGAGGAUGUAGCGCAGGAUGGGAUGAUUACAGAUGCAUACGACCAUGUUGGGACGGCUUCUACGGUGUCAACUGCUCCUCCCGAUGUGGGCAGUGUCUGGAUGGAGACGGCUGUGACAAGGUGACGGGGACGUGUCCUAGAGGAUGUGCAGCGGGGUGGAUUAACGACAAUACCUGUCUACAAGGUGAUCAGCAUGACGUCUGUGAAACAGAGGGUGUUCAUGACUUUGAUGUUAUCUAUUAGUCUGUGUGGGCCAAA